CUAAGCUUCUUCUACAUUACUAUCUUCUUCAAGCUAGUUUCAUAGCAAUGGAUGCCACAAAGACUACCAAAGGUGCUGGUGGAAGAAAGGGUGGCCCAAGAAAGAAGUCCGUAACCAAAUCAGUCAAAGCUGGUCUUCAGUUCCCGGUUGGUCGUAUUGCUCGUUUCUUGAAAAAGGGUCGUUACGCUCAACGUGUGGGAUCUGGUGCUCCUAUUUACCUUGCUGCUGUUCUUGAAUACCUUGCUGCUGAGGUGUUGGAGUUGGCUGGAAAUGCGGCAAGAGACAACAAGAAGACUAGGAUUAUUCCUAGGCAUGUGCUUUUGGCUGUAAGGAACGAUGAGGAAUUGGGAAAAUUGUUGGCUGGAGUUACUAUUGCAAGUGGAGGUGUUCUUCCAAACAUUAACCCAAUUCUGCUGCCUAAGAAAUCAACUGCUUCUGAGGAGAAGGCAUCAACACCAAGGGCAACUAAGUCGCCAAAGAAGGCAUAAGAAUACUGUGUUAGAACUGUGAUCUGUGGGUUAAAUAUGCACUACUCUUUUGUCUAGUUUAUUGGUAUUUCUAGUAGUUGUAGGACGUAGAGUUUUGUUAUGCUUUGUUAACUUGUGGUGUAACGUUGCUUGGAAAUAUAAUAGAAAGUAACUCCUUUUUCCUA